AUGGUUGUAUUAGGCUCUAAUAAUUCGCCUCAAAUAUUUAAUGUUUUAUUCAAGGAGGUUUUUUCUGAUUUAAAGACUUCAAAUUCAAUGUGGGAAUGUAUAUCUACAAGAGCAACAAAAUUAGGAGCGCAAUUGAAUGCAACGGCUUCAGCACUUUCUCAUUUUGUUGAUGCAUUACAAACAGUCAGCGAUUGUGCCAACAACGUUAAUGGUAUAAGUCGUGACAUUGGUGCUGCACUUACACGCUAUUGUAUUAGACAGCGUAGCAUUGAGAGUGGACUACGAAAAAUUUCCCAGCCGUUGAUCGAAGAAUUUGCCGGCGAAUUGGAGAAAAAAUGUGCAGAAUGGAAGCAUUCACUUGCUGAUGCUGAGCGUCGACACCAACGUUCUUGUAAACGUCUAAAGUCAUCCCAUUCGUCGCAAGCAGAUGCAGAGAAGCGUCAUACUUUUAUUGAACUGUUACAUAUGCAGAGGAGUCAUUAUGCUGGGUUUAUAGCUUUGUUGCUUCCAAUUAUUGGUUCACAAUUGGACGUUUUGGAUGAGAAUACACAUUUACGACAAGUUCGAGAUUCAUUGGAGGCGACAUUAAAUGGAUCUGAUGCACAUUUAUUAGUGGAUGCACUUAUUGAAGAUAUUACUCUUUGUUCAUCUUCUUCAAAAAUAGAUGGUAAAACCUGUGAUGAGUCAAAUAAAGUAUUUGAAAAACAAAAUUUAAAACAAUCUGGAAUUGUUAAUGAUAGCAAAAGAACAAAAAUUUUAAAUCAACAACAUCCUUGCCCUUCUACCUCUUCAAUGUUUUUUAUUAAUGGACAAAGUAACGAUAAUCUUGUAGUGUGUAAUCGAAAUUCAAUGCCACAACAAGACUCGCAAAGAGAGUGCUUUUUGCCUCCUUCCCAAUUGUGCACUUCUCCAACACACACAUUCAUUCACUCUGAUGUUAACACUUCUGUGCCUUCUCGAUACCGACUGCCAUUGCCAGAUGCUUUCAUUGUUUCUUCAUCAGCUUGUUCAUCACAAAAUUCUCCUACAAACUUAAUUAAGAAUAAACAAAAUUUUGGUAUUGAUUUUUUAUAUUUUAAUUCUUAUUUCAAAAAGUACUUUGUUUAUUUUUCUCACACAGUUCAACAAUCAUUGCCUUGUAGCAGUAAUUGUUCUUCAAUAAGAACUAUAGAUUCUGGUACUAGUUAUUCUAAUAAUAGUGAACAACAUAAUAAUUUAAUUAAAAUGUCUGAUGGAGGGAUUAUCAAUCAAUUAAGACCUUCAAGUAUUGGAAGUACUGCAAUUGCAGAUCCUACAAAUUCUGUUAAUGGAUCUAUUACAACUAAUUCAUCAGCUGCUCUUAUAGCUGAAACUUUACAACAAAUUGACCGUCUUGGAUUAGAAUUGGAUAAUUAUUGUACAGGAUUAGAUAUUGAGAAUAAUGACGAAGAAAGGAAAUAUGAUAAACAAGAAAAUAUUCAAAAUAAUAAAUACAAACAAAAACUUCCUCCGCCAGUUCCGCCCAAGAGAACUGAGAAUUUCUGUCCACCAUCUAAUGUUCGAUUUAGAAAUGAUUCUAAUUUUUUUGGUCAUGAACAGAAUAAAACCGUUCAACCCCCUCCAUUACCAGAACGAAGAAAUUCAACAAUCUCUGCUGCUACCCCAAUAGCACCAAGCAUUGGUAAGCAAUACUCUUGUUAA